AAAUCACUAUAAGAAGGGAAUGAGCUGUUCAGAAAAGCAACUUGAAAUAAUCGAACAUGAUGAGUUUUGUUGCAAAGUAUAUCAGUGUCCAUGCUGUGAUUUUGGGACUGCUGCUACCUCAGGCAAUCCCAUGCAAUGUGACGGGAGUGUGGCGAAAUGAGCUGGGCUCUGUGCUUGAUAUUGAGGCGCUCGGUUCUGAGCUCCGAGGCCGUUAUCAGAGUGCAGUGGAGACUGCUCCAGGAGUCACGGGUCCAGAACAACAGGCCAAGCUACUGGGUGUGACUAGUAAUCGGGGUCUGCAAACCUCUGUGGCUUUCUCUGUGUUAUGGGAGGCAGGUUCCUGUAGCUCUUGGGUUGGUCAGUGUUUCCAACUGCCUGAUGGGAAGCGAGUGCUGAAGACCCUGUGGAUGCUGCGCUCUGUGGCUUCAUGCCUUGCAGACAACUGGAAGAGUACCAGACAUUCUUUUUAUCAUUAGGAUGGGAGAGGAUACGUUCGUCUUCAUUUCCUGAAAGCAGAAUGUACUGAUCAUCUGACAAUGCUGCAUUUGGUUUGCUGCCCUCUACUGAAUUUUCUUUGUAGAAAUAAUCUCUUUAAUACUCCCUGGGCUGCUCUCUCAUCCAUGCAAUAAAUUAUGUAACUUGUUCAAUUCAUGAAUACAAAUGUGUUAUUUACCUUGUCUUGCCUGACAUAAAUAAGAGUUUAAACUCAGAUGGGGAUAUGUUUGGGUGUAUUCUCCAACAAACGGUCUGUCAAAUGAACAUGGGUGGGAUAAACUACUGUUUCAGACAUUACAGAGCAUUUUGCUUAGGUUUCUAUGUGAAGUUAAUAAACCUUUUGACCAUUUUAACAUGCGCACCAACUUCCUGUACUGGUCAGGGUAGUUGGGUAGUCUAUUUGAGGUGUUGCAUGUAAACAUAUCCUGUUUACAUUGACUGGAAACCUGUAUCCCGGUUUAGAUAAAAAAAAUUGGACGGGCUACUGUGGCAUGUACACAUCUUAUCCAGUUUGCUGUUUUUUGCAGCAUGUGCAAGCCCAGUACUGCAUAUCAUGUGAUGGUCAACAAGUAGGCUCCCUGUGCAGGUCAAUCCACUUAUGUUGAUACUCUGUAUUGGACUGUCGCUUAGUGGCUACCUUCACCCUGAAUUUGGAGCACUUCCUACUUAUUGAAAUUACAGGUAGGCCAUAUUUGACAACUUAGGCCUACAUGUAGCUUCUGUUAACUUGUUACCCCAGAAGAUGGAAUGAGUGCUCCCCAGAAUGUCUUGCAUUGUUAAUUAUUGCAUUACUAAUCACCAGUAAAGGCACCGGGGAGAAAACAGAUUGGUCUUGCGCAAAAUGUCCAUGUUAUCUGUUUGACUGGUUAAGGAAAUUCAAAAUAGCAUGACUUGUCUUGGGUGUAUAUUUUGUGCU